AUGGAUAUUCACCAAGCCAAAUCCGUGGCCGAAAUCCAAGCCAUCCUCUCCUCCCUCCAGCGGCGCGAGGCAUCCGUCACGAGUCGCCUCAACGCCCUCGUCGCUUCGCAAAAAGACCUCUCCCGCGAACUCGGCCGCCUCGACCUCUCCCGUGCCCAGCUCGGCGCUCAGGUCGUCAACACCCGGUCCAUCAGCAAUGGCAUGCUCGCCGCCGCUGCCUCCACUGCCAGCCGCAUCUCCAGCGCCGUCACCCGCCUCGACCAGGAGCAGGCCAACGUCAAAGCCACGCUCGCCGUCGUCGACCAGGUCGCCGAGCUGAAAGCCUGCGUGCUGGGCGUCAACGGCUCGAUGGGCGCCCCCCAGGACUGGGAGAUGGCCGCGACGUAUCUGCACCGCGCGGCGAAAAUCCCGGCCGACGUCGUCGAUGGCGCGUUUGCCGAGGAGAUCGUGCCGACCGCGGAGGUGCCCGAUGCGCCGCGGGUGACGCUGGAUGCGGCGGCGGCGUCGCUGUGCGCGCUGUUCUUGCGGGAGUUCGAGAAGGCGGCGGCGGAAGGCGACGGGGCACGGAUCACGCGGUUUUUCAAGCUGUUUCCGUUGAUUGGGAGGACGGAGGUGGGGCUGAAUGCGUAUGGUCGCUACGUGUGUCAAGGGGUGGCAGCAAGAGCGCGGCAGAAUAUGGGUGCGGGCGUGCAGAAGAAAGAUGGGUUCUUCUAUGCCAGCACGUUGACGAAGUUGUUUGAGCACAUUGCGCAGAUUGUGGAUGGGCAUGAACCGCUGGUGGAACGACAUUAUGGAGUGGGAAUGAUGGUCACCGUCAUUGAGCGACUUCAGGUCGAGGCGGAUGUUCAAGGCGGCAUUAUCCUCGAUACCUGGAGUGAAGAACGCGUUAUCGACCGAAAGUUGACCGACAUCAAGUCAUACGCGUACUCGUUCCUUGUUCAAAGCUUCUUGCCUACCCAGCGACCAUCGAUGGGACCUCCACGGUCCGGCUCUCCGGCGAUCAAGGACGGGGCAGUUGCAGGACGGUCAAGUGAAGAUGAAGGGGUCGAUAUGAAAGAGGUUGACCAGCUCCUCAGCGAAUCGGCUGUGAUGAUGGGAAGAUGGGCGUUGUACGCAAGGUUCUUAGCCUCCAAGAGUCCCGAGCAGGGUGAGUCGGAAGAAGAGACUGUGCUGAAGAUGCCGGAUUUCCUAAUCACGAGCCAUCUACACAAAAAGGUGAUCAAUAUCCUGAUCGAUCCCUUCAAUGCCAUGACGACCUUCUUCUUCCGGCGAUCUGUCGAGAAGGCUUUCCAAUUGGACGAACCUCCACAGGAUUUAUCGUUGUCCCUGCAGAGGCCUUUGCCAGGAAACGCACCGUUCAUCACGUCCGCGGUCGACGAUGUCAUGUACAUUGUCAACCAGGUCAUUCAGCGCUCGUUAUCUACCUCACAACGCAGCGUCAUAGCCAACGUAAUCCCUACGCUCGCUCGCGUCCUCGGCUCCGAUUUCGUCGGCGUGACCACGCGCAAAAUGCGUGACGAAUGCUACCCGAAAGCCGCCAUUGCCGGCGCGUUACCCCCCGAAGACAAGAUCAUCGCCUUCAUCCUUCAAAUCAACAACCUCGAAGUCUCUAUCGACUACAUAAAACGAAUCAUCAGCUCCCACCUUGCCUCCCACCCCUCCAACGCCGACUCCCCCCCCCAAGAAGGCGCCCAAAUCCACACCCAAUUCCCCUUCGGCAACGACGCCACCUUCGUCAUCCAGCAGCUCAAAUCCCUUGAAUCCAGCUUCACCACCAAAUGCCACGACCUCCUCACCGACGGCCUCAACGUACUCUUCCACCAAGUCAUCAAACCCCGCAUCCGCCCCAUCCUCCUCGAAACCUUUCGCGACGUCGCCUACGACCCCCCCUCCGCCCCUCACCCCACCUCUCCCCCGGCUGCCUCAUCCUCUCCCACUGAAGAUGACCCCGCCCACCAGGUCCGCGAACGCUUCACCCGCGCCUACACCGCGCUCCUCCGCCCGCUCCUCCGCCUCCUCCCCUCCACCGCCACCACCCCCGGCAGCCCCACCGACCGCCUCCUCUCGCUGACCACCGAGUACCUCGCGACCGCGCUGGAGAAGCGCGUGUGGGGGCUGCACGGGCGGGUGACGCCGCUCGGGGCGGUGGGGCUGGAGCGGGACGUAGGGGCGAUCGUGGCGGAGGCGACGAGGGGGGGGAGGUAUGGCUUGCGGGACGGGUUUGCGCGGUUGGGGCAGUUGGUGAUGGUGGUGGGGAUGGAUGAGGAGGAGUGGGGGGAGGUGGGGGAGGAAGGAGGGGUGGAGUGGGUGUUGGAUGGGGAGGAAAGGAGGAGGGCGAGGGGGAUAGUAAGGAGGUGA